GGCAACAGCCCUCCUUUUACAGCAUCAUGAGGAUUUAUGACUUCAGGCAGUGGGAGGCCCUGCAGACCCUCWACCUCCAUAGCCUUUGGCACUAGCAGUGGCUGGGCUAUAUCACUCAGCAGGAAGCCUUGUCUUAUGCWGCAGUACUUAGAGAUUCCACCAAGAGAGCUCAGUCAAGAGAUCCUCAAAGGAAGUCUUCAGCUAUGACAAGAAAAUGUCUGUUGGCAAGAUCCAA